AUGGCCGCCCGCACCCAGCCUCCGUGGCAGCCGCCGCAAGCCCGCUCUGAUCUCCCGCCGCUCCACGUCUACAACUCCCUGACCCGCUCCAAGGUCCCCUUCGUGCCCAUUGACGGCAACAAGGUCUCCUGGUACGCCUGCGGUCCCACCGUCUACGACGACGCCCACCUGGGUCAUGCCCGCAACUAUGUCUCGACCGACAUCAUCCGCCGCAUCAUGCGCGAUUACUUCAAAUUCGACGUGCGCUUCGUUAUGAACAUUACCGAUGUCGACGACAAGAUCAUCCUACGCGGAAGACAGCAGUUCUUGCUCGCCAAAUUUGUUGAAAAUCACCCGGAGCUGGAUGAAGAGACACUGGCUACGGCAAAGAAGGCGUUCGACGCCUACCUGAAGAAGAACCUUUCCCUGCUUCCUGCCGACUUGAAGCCUGAGCAAUAUGGCGAAGAGUCGAAGAAGGCAUACGGUCAUGUUUUGGCGGGCAAGGCGGUCGAAGGUGACGGCCCACCCGGUGACAAAGAGGCGAAGGUGAAGAUGCACUUGAAGACGGCGUCGGCCGCUGCGGAAGCCUUGAUUCUGGCGGAUGCGAAGAAGAUUAGCGUGACGGAUUUCUACACCAAAACCGAGGAUGCUCUGCUCCCCUACCUCGACACCCUGUACGGCUCCACAAUAGACGCGAACGACCACAGCAUUUUUACCAGAUUAACCAAGAAAUUCGAGGACCGCUUCAUGGAGGAUGUGCGCGCGUUGAACUGCUUGGAUCCCGAUGUGGUGACUCGUGUCACCGAAUAUAGCCAACAGAUUGUCGACUUUGUGGACAAGGUUGUCAAGAACGGCUUCGGCUAUGCCACGAGCGACGGGUCUGUAUACUUUGAUAUUCAGGCCUUUGAGAAGGACGGCAACCCUUACGCGCGCCUAGAGCCGUGGAACAGGAAUGACAAGGACCUGCAGGCCGACGGAGAGGGUGCCCUGACUAAGAAGAGCACGGAGAAGCGCUCUGAUGCCGAUUUCGCCCUGUGGAAGUCAUCAAAGCCCGGUGAGCCGGCAUGGCCGAGUCCCUGGGGCCAGGGAAGGCCAGGUUGGCAUAUUGAGUGCUCUGCCAUGGCUUCUGAUGUCCUAGGCCAGAAGAUGGACAUCCACUCCGGAGGUAUUGACCUUGCUUUCCCUCACCAUGACAACGAGUUGGCCCAGAGUGAAGCCUUCUGGGCCGAGUGCAAGCACGACCACCAGAGCCACCAGUGGGUCAACUAUUUCCUGCACAUGGGACACCUGUCCAUUGCUGGCUCAAAGAUGUCUAAAUCCCUCAAAAACUUCACCACCAUCAGGGAAGCACUCAGUCGUGGUGACUGGACUCCUCGUGGCCUGCGCAUCGUUUUCCUGUUGGGUGGUUGGAAGGAGCCUGUCGAGAUCACCGAGGGUCUCGUCAAGGAGGGCGCUGCUUGGGAAGACAAGGUGGACAACUUCUUCUUCAAGGUCAAGGAUCUCGAGAGGCACCCUUCGCCCAAGAACGCGGCGUCGGCAGAAGAAGACUCUGCUCUCCAAACCGCCUUCAGUGCUGCGCAAACAGAUCUCGAUAAGGCACUUUGCGAUUCUUUUGAUACCCCAGCUGCCAUGCAGGUCGUUUCCCGUCUGAUCACGGAUUACAACUCGGCUGCUACGAAGGCCUCGCUAUCAGACGAGACCGUCCUGACGAUUGGCCGUUGGGUCACCAAGGUUGUGACCAUCUUGGGCCUCGACGGUAAGGCCGACCUCAGCGAUGCCAACCGCAUCGGCUGGUCCGGCAUCGAUAUUCCGGCGCCCGCUCAGCCCUUCGUGUACCCCGUCUCAGCGCUCCGCGAUGCCGUCCGUGACGCCGCCAAGUCCGGCUCGAUGGACACCAACGCCAUCAAGGAGCUCGCAUCUAAGGAUGCAGCCGCCACGGAACAGCCCGCCGACGCCCUGCCGUACGCCGAGGUCUACACGCAGUUCCAAGAGGACGUCAAGACGCUGGCGGACAAGCAGGCGCCCGCCAAAGACUUCCUGGCCCUGUGCGACAAGCUCCGCGACGUGAACCUCUGGGACCUGGGCAUCUACCUCGAGGACCGCGACGCGCAGCAGCUGCCCGCCCUCGUGCGCCCGCUCUCGGCCGACCUUAUCGCGGCGCGCCAGCAGAAGGAGGCGCAGGCUGCCGCGAAGCAGGCUGCCAAGGAGAAGCGCGAGAAGGAGGAGGCGGAGCGCAAGGCCGCCCUCGCCGAGAAGGCCAAGCUGAGCCACCUCGAGAUGUUCCGCACCGCUGAGUACACCGCGUGGGAUGACGAGGGCCUGCCGAUUAAGGAUGCGAAGGGCGAGGAGCUGCCGAAGAGUAGGACGAAGAAGCUCAAGAAGGAGUGGGAGAGGCAGAAGAAGUUGCAUGAGGAGUGGUUGGCGGAGCAGAAGAAAUAG